AUGGGGGCUCGACAGAAAUGGGAGAUGGUAAGUGACGUGUGGGUGGAGAUGUUGUGCCAUGCUGCCACUCACUGUGGGUGGAUUCAACACGGUCAGCAACUUAGGCGGGGCGGGGAGUUGCUCACUCGUGUGAGCCUACUCAUGGCACACCUCGGUUUCAGUGAGCAAUUCCAAAUAGCGGAAGGUGAAACAGGCUUCGCUCGCAGUUUCACUGAAGAAUUCAGUAUGAGGGGCUGGAACAAUUCCGGCCGUUACUUCUAUAAUUUAGAUUCUGGGGUUACAGGACAGAUACACUGGGUGGCCACAGUAUCCCUUGGUACCCUCUCCAACAGCCAAGGAGAUUCGGAAGGUAAACUUCUAGAUCCAAACUAUACCCUCAUGGCAUUUUGGGCACCAUUCCUCCUCUUGCACCUUGGCGGCCCGGAUAACAUCACCGCUUACUCUUUAGAAGAUAAUGAGUUGUGGUUAAGGCACUUGCUUGGAUCGGUUGUACAAGUUGGAGUGGCUUUCUACGUGUUUAUGAGGUCUUGGGCUGGAACACGACUCACAUUUCUGUCCAUUCCAAUGUUGGUGGCUGGAAUUAUCAAGUGUGGAGAGAGGACCCGUGUUCUCAGGUCUGCAAGCAAGAAUCACUUUAGAGAUUCUUUGCUUCCAGUUCCUGAUCCUGGACCUGAUUAUGCUGAUUUCAUGAAGGGAUAUAGUUCAUGGAAAGAUGAACGGCAGGUUGAUAGAACAGGAAGGGAGAUUGGUGAAAAGCCACCUCAAUCUACCGUUGGUGAUGGCAUUACUGUUCCUAGUAGAAACUAUAUUGACAAAGCUUACUUCUUAUUCAAGAACCAAUUCAAGCAUCUAUAUGCAGACCUCAUCCUCAGCUUGGAUGACCAAAAAACCAGUGAGGGCAUCAUCAGGUACAUGUCAUCCGAAGACGCCUUCAAAGUGGUGGAGAUGGAGCUCAAUUUUAUGUAUGAUGUGCUAUACACCAAGGCAACAGUGAUUUAUUCUCUACUUGGCAUUCUGCUCCGUUCCACCAGCUUCUCCUUCACUAUUUCUACCUUAGCAGCCUUCUACUUCUUCAUCGAUAAGCACGAGUUCUCAAACAUUGACAUCGACAUUACUUACUUAUUACUCUUUGGAGCUAUUUUUCUUGAGGUUUAUGCCGUCACUAAGCUGAUUUUGUCCGACUGGAGCAUUGUCUGGUUGAGCAGCAAGAUGAACUCCCUGGCUGAUUCCAUUUACCGAGCCAUUACCUCUUUUAGAUCAGUUAUAACCAGUGACAAGAGAUGGUCUAGACGCAUGGCACAGAACAAUUUAAUUGAUUCUUGCCUCAGAGACAAAACCAAGUUCAAUCAGGUUCCCAGGUUCCUUGACAUGAACAAAUUCUUAGAGAGGUACUGGUACAUGACUUGGGAGAAGGUGGAUGACAUGAAGGAACCCAUCUUCAGCUUGCUCCUAGAGAUGACAAAUGAUGUCAGGGAUCUCAGGUCACUACUCAAACACAGAGGUGAUUAUGUGAUUACAAAAAGGGGGUUUAUUGAGACACUUGGUUGGAGUAUAGUUGACGUGGAAUUUGAUCACAGCAUCCUCCUUUGGCAUAUUGCAACAGAUCUCUGUAGCUAUUCUGAUGAUGACCCCAAUCCUAAAUCAAUAUGCAAAAUAAGCAAAUGCUUGUCUGAGUAUAUGUUGUAUCUGCUAGUCAUGUGUCCAUUUAUGCUGCCAAAAGGGAUAGGGGAGUAUAGAUUCCGAGACACUUGUUCAGAGACCAAAAGAUUCGUCCAGCAAAGAAGCGAGUCCAUAUCUAACAGAAAUGAAGCUUGCAGAUUGUUGCUUGAAGUUGACACAGAAGUUCAGCCCAAAGAGGUGAAAGGAGAUAAAAGCAAGUCGGUGUUAUUCGAGGCAUGUAGGCUUGCCAAGGAGUUGAAAUCACUGAAUAUGGAGAUGGGAGAGAAAUGGAUGAUGGUCAGUCACGUGUGGGUGGAGAUGUUAUGUCAUGCUGCUAGUCAUUGUGGAUGGAUUCAACACGGUCAACAACUUGGACGAGGCGGCGAGCUGCUCACUCAUGUCUCCCUUCUUAUGUCACACCUCGGUUUAACCGAGCAAUUCCAAAUAUUGGAAGGUGAAAAUAUACCAAAAACAAUACCCAAACCCCUCUUCACGGUGCCUCCUUUGUCUCCCUCGUCUCCCCAUGCCCCCUCUGACAGCAUCUCCUCCUCGUAA